GUGCUUGUUGACUGUGUGUGAGCAGGGCAUCUAAAAGUGUCAGCGCCUUAAGUUGAUGUUUUGCAGGGUCCAGAGAGUAAUUUCAGAACCUUUAUUUCAGUCUCUGAGGCAGCUUUUUUUGUUACGCAGUUCCCGAAAACUGACCUCCAAUAUGGCUUUUCAGUAUCCACAGGCUUACCGUGACGAUGCAGUUGUGGACGAUUAUCAUGGCCAGAAAAUACCAGAUCCAUACAGCUGGCUGGAGGACCCGGACAGUGAAAAGACACAGGCCUUUGUCACCGCUCAGAACCAGCUGACGUUGCCGUUUUUAGAGCGCUGUGAGGUGCGAGACCUGUUCAAGGAGCGCAUGACUGAGCUGUAUGACUACCCCAAGUAUAGCUGUCCCUUCAAGAGGGGGAGCAGGUACUUUCACUUCUACAACACGGGCCUCCAAAACCAGAGUGUGAUGUAUGUGCAGGAGAACCUGGAUGCUGAGCCCACAGUUUUCUUGGAUCCAAACACAUUUUCUGAUGAUGGGACCGUUGCCCUGCGAGGCUACGCGUUCUCUGAGGACGGGGAGUAUCUGGCCUAUGGCACCAGUGCCAGUGGUUCAGACUGGGUGGAGAUCCACUUCCUGCAGGUUGAAAAUGCCGUGCCUCUGGAGGACCGCCUGGAGCGAGUCAAGUUUAGCUGCAUGUCCUGGACUCAUGAUGGGAAGGGACUUUUCUACAACUCCUACCCCGAUCAGGAGGGCAAGAGUGACGGCACUGAGACCUCCACAAAUCUGCACCAGAAGCUGUACUUCCAUGUUUUGGGGACUCCGCAGUCUGAGGAUGUACUGUGCGCCGAGUUCCCUGAUCACCCCAAAUGGAUGAGUGGAGCUGAGGUAUCAGACGAUGGACGCUAUGUGCUGCUGUCUAUCAGGGAAGGUUGUGAUCCGGUCAACAGACUGUGGUAUUGUGACCUUCAGACCACUCCUCAGGGUAUUACAGGACUUCUGCCAUGGGUGAAGCUUAUCGACAACUUUGACGCCGAGUACGAGUACGUGACUAACGAGGGCACGGUGUUCACAUUCAAGACCAACCUAGACGCCCCGCGUUACCGCCUAAUCAACAUUGAUUUUGCCUCUCCAGCUCAGAGCAACUGGAAAGAGCUCAUCCCCCAACAUGACAAGGACGUUAUUGUGUUCGCCACCUGUACAUACUCAAGCUACCUGUUUGUAUGUUUCCUGCACGACGUGAAGAAUGUGUUGAAAAUGUACCGUCUGAGCUCAGGGGAGGAGCUGAGGACCUUCCCGCUUGACGUUGGCUCCGUGGUGGGUUUCACAGGGCGGAAGCGGGACUCUGAGAUCUUCUACUAUUUCACCUCCUUCCUCUCCCCAGCCAUCAUUUACCACUGUGACCUGACGAAGGAGCCGCUGCAGCCCCACAUCUUCAGAGAGGUCACCGUCAAAGGCUUUAACCCCUCUGACUACCAGACCACCCAGGUCUUCUAUCCCUCCAAGGAUGGCACUCAAAUCCCCAUGUUCAUCGUUCACAAGAAGGGCAUCAAACUGGACGGCUCCUAUCCAGGUUUCCUCUAUGGCUAUGGUGGUUUUAACAUCUCCAUCACGCCAAGCUACAGUGUCUCCCGGCUCAUCUUUGUUAGACAUCUGGGGGGAGUCCUGGCUGUAGCCAACAUUCGAGGGGGAGGAGAGUACGGGGAGACCUGGCACAAAGCUGGCAUGUUAGCCAACAAGCAGAACUGCUUCACAGACUUUCAGUGUGCAGCCGAAUAUCUCGUCAAGGAGGGAUACACUUCUCCUUCCAAACUGACUAUAAAUGGAGGUUCCAACGGCGGCCUGCUUGUAGCGGCCUGUGUGAACCAGCGGCCUGAGCUGUUUGGCUGCGCUGUAGCUCAGGUAGGCGUCAUGGACAUGCUGAAAUUCCACAAGUUCACCAUCGGCCACGCCUGGACCACUGACUUUGGCUGUUCAGAAGACAAAGAGCAGUUUGAGUGGCUCAUCAAAUACUCCCCGCUUCAUAACAUCGGCAUCCCAGAAGGCAACGGAGUCCAGUACCCUGCAGUGCUCCUGCUGACAGGGGACCACGACGACCGGGUGGUGCCCCUCCACUCCCUCAAGUACAUCGCCACCCUGCAGCACAUCGUUGGCCGCAGCCCCAAGCAGACAAACCCUCUGUUCAUCCUCGUAGACACAAAGUCAGGCCACGGAGCCGGCAAGCCCACCAGCAAGGUCAUCCAGGAGGUGGCUGACACCUACGCCUUUAUCGCCCGCUGUCUCAACAUCACCUGGGUCAAAUAACCUGCGCCUCCUGUUAGAGAGAGAGUGUGUGUGUGUGUGUGUGUGUGUGUGUGUGUGUGUGUGUGUGUGUGUGUGUGUGUGUGUGUGUGUGUGUGUGUGUGUGUGUGUGUGUGUGUGUGUGUGUUGUUUUUCCUUUACUCAAAUCAUCUUUGGAAUACUGUUCAUACUAGCUGUUCACACGUUCCUCAUAUCUCUACACAAACACUGAGUACAACAUCUUUUAACUCAUGUUUACCCAUCUUUUAUUUCUUUUUGUCUUGUUUUCUGUUCAUCUAUUGUUAUCCCUCCUUCCCUUCCCGUUUCAGUGCGAGCCUCAUCGGGAUCUCACGCAAUUAUAAGCCAACAUGCAGCACUUGCAGCUAACGUACCCUUUUCUGUAGGCUAUGCUUGUAAUCCUAAUGACAUAAAGGAACGGCUACAUUGUCAGUGACAAGUGUGUAAAGGGAGGGGUGGCUACCUACACGGUUACAGUAUUCAGCCAAUCAGCAGUUACAGUCAUGAGGUGAAAGUGGCAACAGUUUAUUUGAAGAUUGUUUCUGCGUCCUCUGGGUCUUUCAACACGCCGCAUAUUAUUUAUUUUUCGUUUGUGCACAGAAUGGAGGCUGCGGGACGUCAAAUGAUCUCAGCAUGGUCAAUUGUGACGAGAUAGUAAAGUGCAAAUGAUGCUACUGCAGGUCGACAGUAUUGCUGUGUAUAUGAGUGGGGAAACUUGCAAAACAAAACAGUUCAGCCCGCGCGCACGUGCGCGCGUAUGUGUGUGUUUUGGAUGUCAGUCCCCACAUUCAUUUCAGACUGAAAAUGAUUUCUACCUCUUGACAUGUGCUGAUUGUUUACCUUUUAAAGGGGACAAAACACAAUGCCACAACUACAAUAAACAACUUUUUAAACAGUGAUAAAAA